CCCGAGAUUGCACAGAGCUCCUUGCUGCCGGCUUCAAGGAUAGUGGAGUGUACACACUCAACCCAGCAAACAAAACCAGUUUUGAAGUGUACUGUGACAUGACGACGGAUGGUGGUGGAUGGACCGUCUUUCACAAACGCUUUGAUGGGUUCGUUGGAUUCUACAGGGACUGGGACGAGUACAAGAACGGGUUUGGUGACGUCAGAGGGGAGUUUUGGCUUGGAAACGAAAAGAUUUAUCAACUGACCGAGAUCCCGAGUCAGUUGCGAGUGGAAAUCAACACCACAUCGGCUGGAAAUAGAUACGCAAAAUAUAGUAAUUUUACGGUGACAAAUGAGGCAACCAACUAUACCUUGUUUGUCGGAUUCUAUUCUGGUAACGCUUACGAUAACCUUUUUUAUCAUAACGGUAUGGCUUUCUCCACCCAGGAUAGGGACAAUGACAAGGACAGUGGGAACUGUGCUAAGUCUCACAGAGGAGCAUGGUGGUUUAAGUCCUGUUUUUCUUCCAGCCUGAACAGUAACUUCGGAGAUAGCAGCUAUACUUGGUACUGGAAUCCACUUAUUGGUAGCCAGAUGAAACUCAAACCAAAAUCCCCUUGA